UUUUUACUCUACCUGCUCUCCGAGGGCCAUGCAUAAGAAACUUUGUCUUGGCUUCCCAGCCUACCGUAUCCACUCCGCAUGCCGACAGGGUUAUCUCUCUACAGAUGAACUUUUGGUGGGAAGACGACAUUUUCUCCUACCGGCCGACACGCAUCGUGACGGUUUGUAUCCUAACCGAAAGUUUACGUCGAUGCCGACGAUGCGCGAACGGACGGAAAACCAAGGGUUUAUCCCUGGGCUGCUUGGGUUCCGCACUCCGCGCGCAUCUUCAUCUCAGAGUACUGCGACGAUGAUGAGGCCGGGUCUCCUUACACCUACGGCACCCGCAUUGUCCGCUAUAGUUACCUCGAAAAGGACAUUCAGACGAUGGACGACGAACAACAUGACCUACGUGAAUAUCUUCGUAGGCACGCAUACCCCGGCGCUGUAGAAGUCUUGGAUUCUGACUUGGACGCUGAUGAGAUCGAGCGGGCCAUUAGGGAUGGAGAUGUCACACAGCCAGUCUGGGCGAAGGAAGAAGGAGGAGCCUACCGUCCUGGGCUGGCCGACGGCGACACCUAUGUCAUUGAACCCACAACUCUUCCCGACUAUUUCUCAAAUGCCUACUUCGUGAACGAGGAUGCGUCUGUCCCUACAAGUCUUCCCUACCGCAGCCGCGUUCGACAUCUUGGGUUCGACAGGCAGUACCAGGAUAGUGAGAAGGUCUCAACUAUAGGUUUCUACAGCCAUAAGCUUGCCAACGCAAAACUCAUGUAUUGCAUGGACAAAGAAGAGGAUGCGCGGGCUCAAUUUGACGGGCCAGGGAAUGCCCGAGGUCAGUCUGUUCCCGUACCGUGACUUUACGGGCGACGUCAUUCCAAUCAACGACGAAGUCGCUUCAAUGUUUCUCGCAAACUCGUGGUGCGAAAACACCGAAGGCUGGCAGUCAUCCUACGAGAAGACGGCACCAGUGAACCUCUAAAUUCGACUUUUAAUGUGCCUAUCGAUCUGGACGGCGACGAGGAUUCAGAGGAGUACAAAGAAAAGUGGUGGAUGGGACGUCGUUGGAAGACAUUUGAUAAGGUGGCAACCACGGAAGAGUCGCUCAUUUUUAUCCGGGUAAGUCG